UUCCAAAUAAAAAUCCAAUACAGUCCAAACACAAGAAGCUAAUUUUUUCAAAAAUCUUGUGUACUAAAGGACUCGAGAAAGAGCUUCAGAUCAGUUUGCUUUACUUAGGUUUUUGAUCGGGCCUGCAACAAGCAAAACUAUCUCCCUCCCUAUCCGUACAAUCCGCUUGAAAAUAAACUGCAUUUAUUUCGCAUCAUCUUCAUUUUCCGAUAGAAUUAGUGGGAAAUGAGAGAAAUUAUCAGUGUUCAUAUUGGCCAGGCUGGAAUUCAAGUAGGAAAUUCAUGUUGGGAGCUGUACUGCCUCGAGCAUGGAAUUCAGCCAGACGGAACUAUGCCCAGUGAUACGUCGGUGGGUGUGGCACACGAUGCUUUUAAUACGUUUUUCAGCGAAACUGGGGCGGGGAAGCACGUGCCCAGAGCUGUGUUUGUAGAUCUGGAACCGACUGUCAUUGACGAGGUUCGAACUGGGGGCUAUCGGCAGCUUUUUCAUCCUGAGCAGCUGAUCUCUGGAAAAGAAGACGCUGCCAACAAUUUUGCUCGCGGUCAUUAUACUGUGGGAAAGGAAAUUGUGGACCUUUGCUUGGAUCGAGUAAGGAAACUGGCAGAUAAUUGCACAGGUUUACAGGGGUUUUUGGUUUUCAAUGCUGUCGGAGGAGGAACUGGAUCUGGGUUGGGUUCAUUGCUUCUUGAACGGCUUUCUGUUGACUAUGGCAAAAAAUCAAAGCUUGGAUUUACCAUUUAUCCAUCUCCUCAGGUAUCUACGGCAGUUGUGGAGCCAUACAACAGUGUCCUGUCAACUCAUUCUUUAUUGGAACACACAGAUGUUGCAGUUCUUCUGGACAAUGAGGCCAUAUAUGAUAUCUGUAGAAGAUCCUUGGAUAUUGAGAGGCCCACUUAUACAAACCUCAAUAGAUUGAUCUCUCAGAUUAUAUCUUCACUGACCACAUCUCUUAGGUUUGAUGGAGCCAUCAACGUGGAUGUGACAGAGUUUCAGACAAAUCUUGUACCAUAUCCUAGAAUCCACUUCAUGCUCUCCUCCUAUGCUCCAGUGAUCUCUGCAGAGAAAGCCUACCAUGAGCAGUUAUCUGUGCCUGAGAUCACAAAUGCAGUAUUUGAACCCUCCAGCAUGAUGGCCAAGUGUGACCCAAGACAUGGAAAAUAUAUGGCUUGCUGUCUCAUGUACCGGGGGGAUGUUGUACCCAAGGAUGUGAAUGCAGCUGUGGCAACCAUCAAGACUAAGCGAACUGUUCAGUUUGUUGACUGGUGUCCCACAGGAUUCAAAUGCGGAAUUAACUAUCAACCACCCACGGUGGUGCCUGGAGGAGACCUUGCUAAGGUGCAGCGUGCAGUGUGUAUGAUCAGCAACAAUACUGCAGUAGCUGAAGUGUUUUCUCGCAUUGACCACAAAUUUGAUUUGAUGUAUGCUAAACGAGCAUUUGUCCAUUGGUAUGUUGGCGAAGGCAUGGAAGAGGGAGAAUUUUCUGAGGCUCGUGAAGAUCUUGCUGCUCUCGAGAAGGAUUAUGAAGAAGUUGGAGCAGAAGGUACUGAUGAUGUUGAUGGAGAAGAAGAAUACUGAAGUUUUAUGUAACCUACUUCUACUCAGAAUUGCAAUAAUUUUAAAUAGUGGCUUGGAUUGAUUUUUCAUUUUUGUAAUAUACUAUUAUCAAUUUCUAGUAUUGGGUACUGCCAAAUUAAUUUUUUUGUCAAUGGAAGGUAAAAUCAAAUCAACAAUUUAUGCUUCA